GCAACCGCGGGCCCUGUGACUCCGUUUCCCCGCCUUAAAGCGCAGUUUGCGCGCCGCGGCCUAGUUUUCCCGGAGCCCCUGCAGGGAGGGAAGAUGGCGACGGGGCCGCAGGCCGCCUCCGUGGACCUGGUCAUCGGGUGGUGCAUCUUCGGCCUCUUAUUGCUGGCAAUUUUAGCCUUCUGCUGGGUGUAUGUUCGUAAAUACCAGAGUCGACGAGAAAGUGAAGUGGUCUCUACUAUCACAGCUAUUUUUGCUUUGGCGAUUGCACUCAUCACGUCAGCACUUCUACCUGUGGAUAUAUUUUUGGUGUCUUAUAUGAAAAAUCAAAAUGGUACUUUUAAAGUCUGGGCUAAUAGUAAUGUUACAAGACAAAUUGAGGACACAGUAUUAUAUGGUUACUUCACUUUAUAUUCCAUAAUAUUAUUUUGUGUGUUUUUGUGGAUCCCUUUUGUCUACUUCUAUUAUGAAGAAAGGGAUGAAGAUGAUGCUAGCAAGUGCACUCAAGUUAAGACUGCCCUCAAAUACACCUUGGGAUUUGCUGUGGUUUGUUCUCUACUUCUCCUGAUUGGUGCUUUCGUUCCAUUGAGUGCUCCAAAUAACAAAAAUUCCACUGAAUGGGAGAAAGUGAAAUUUCUGUUUGAAGAACUCGGAAGUAGUCAUGGAUUGGCUGCAUUGUCCUUUUCCAUCAGUUCCCUGACCUUGAUUGGGAUGUUGGCAGCUAUCACCUACACUGCUUAUGGUAUGUCAGCCUUGCCUCUAAGCUUGAUAAAGGGUACCAGAAAUGCUGCUUAUGAGCGGUUGGAAAACACUGAAGAUAUUGAAGAAGUGGAGCAAAACAUUCAGAGGAUUAAAUCAAAGAACAAAGACGGUCGCCCGCUAGCUACAAAGGAUAGACAUGCCUUACGCCAACUUGAAGAAAAGCUAAGAACAUUGAAAAGAAGAGAUAGGCACCUGGAAUUCAUAGAAAAGAGUUGCUGGACAAAAUUUUGUGGGUUCUUGCGUCCUCUGAAGAUCGUAUGGGGAGUAUUUUUUAUCCUGGUGGCAUUGUUGUUCACGAUCUCUCUCUUCCUGUCAAAUCUGGACAAAGCUCUUCAUUCAGCUGGAAUUGAUUCUGGUUUCAUCAUUUUUGGAACCAACUUGAGCAAUCCUCUUAAUAUGCUUUUACCCAUUCUACAAACAGUUUUCCCACUUGAUUACAUCCUUAUUACAGUUAUCAUAAUAUACUUUAUUUUUACUUCAAUGGCGGGGAUUCGGAAUAUUGGUAUAUGGUUUUUCUGGAUAAGAUUGUAUAAGAUUAGAAGAGGAAGAACUAGGCCACAGGCUCUUCUGUUCCUCUGCAUGAUACUUCUGUUGAUUGUUCUUCACACAAGUUAUAUGAUAUAUAGUCUUGCACCCCAGUAUGUUAUGUACGGAAGCCAGAAGUACCUAAUACAGAGUAAUGUGACGCACAAAGGAAACUCAACAUCAUUCAUCCCUAAGAAAUGUGAUGCAGAUGCUCCUGAAGAUCAGUGCACUGUUACCCGGACAUACCUGUUUCUUCACAAAUUCUGGUUCUUCAGUGCGGCUUAUUAUUUUGGCAAUUGGGCCUUCAUUGCAGUUUUCUUAAUUGGAUUGAUCGUGUCUUGCUGUAAAGGGAAGAAAUCAGUCAUUGAAGGAGAAAUUGAUGCAGAUGAUUCUGAAAUAAGUGAUGAUGAACCAUCCACAUGAUCUGGUUGACCACCCCCAAAUGUUUAAAAAAUCGUAAAUGUAAAUAUACAUACAGUGUUAAUUUGAAUGUAGAGCAAAUUUACUGGAUUUCAUUAAGUGAACAUCUACAUUGAUAACAUCUUAAUGUUUUCUAGAGGGAACAUUACUGUACCAUAGCAAGACUGACACUGAAAGGACUUGGAAUAGAAUGUAAAUAUGAACCUAUGGGUAUUAUGGAGGAAUUGGGGAUUUUUUUUCUGAUGUAAAGGUGUGAUUAAAAUUUAUC